AUUACCGAGUCAGCACGACGGUAACGUGACUACCUUUUUUAAUUGUAAACUUUCCGGGAAGACCCUGAACGCAUCAUAGUCAGACAGCUCAAAGUCCAGCCGUUAGUCCAGCAGUCUGAGGGACCACAGACUGUAGACCAUACAGAGGACUGUAGACUGUAGUAGACCGGACAGAGGACUGUAGGGGGAGAAGACGAGCCAUCGGUAGAAGUGAAAGUGACAGAGAAAGAGAAGCCUAUAAAAAGUGUGUCACCAGGUGGAUUCCUGAGGCAGAGCAGAGCAGAGCAGAGCAGAGGUGGUAUGCUGUGUUUCCUGUUUCUAACGUUGACUCGAGUCGCUCUAUAAACGAGGUUCGGAUCCGGUGACAGACUCGACACAAACUCAGAGAGAGACGCCACAGACAUGGUUGGACAGGAGAACGGGAAGAACCGCCUGCAGCAGGCCCAGGAGGACGUGGAGGAGGUCAAGGUCAUCAUGCUGGACAACCUGAACAAGGCUGAUGAGAGAUCUGGCAGACUGGGCGAACUGGAGGAUAGGGCUGAUGAGCUGAUGGAAAGGAGUAAAGCUUUUGAAAAGACCGCCAACCAGGUGAAGCAGAAGAAAAGAUGGGAGAACAAGAAGAUGAAGGUGGUGUUCAUCGGCAUCGGCGUGGUAGCGGCGCUCAUUAUUAUCGGACUUAUAAUCUACGCCAUCGUUGACAGCACACGAGCACCGUAGCUCCUUCGCUUAUGGAAGGAGGAUAAGGUAUUGGGACAGAGGGACGUGAAGUGGACAGAGAUUAAAGAAACUCUGUGUGUGUAUAGAUAUUUAUGGGAGUAUCGGUCUUCAGUUGAUAUGGUACCACUGAUUGCUCGGCUGCUUCGCUGCUUUCUGAAUAACUUCUCAAAGGUCAUGUCUCUGUCAGGCCCACAUUGGAACAACACACUGCUCUUAGAUCUGAUAUUAUAUAUUAUUAGAUCUAAAUAAGAAGUGCUGAAUUAUAAUAUUUUCUACCAAACAUUAUUAGGCUGCUACUUUUGUAUCUGUAUGUUUGUACAUAGUGGUUCACCGUCAGAGGUCGCUGAACUGGCGACAGAAUCCAUUUCACCAACGAUUCCAGCGACUAUUCGAGUCAACAGUCAGUGAAACCAGAACAGACGUUAAACUCUGUGAAGUUAUGCAGCUUCAAAUAGCUUCAGAUUGGAAAGAAUGAACUGAUUUAUUGUCACAUGAAAUUUCCUCUGUCAAAAAUGAAAUGUCUGUAUCAUUAAAAUUUGCUUAAAGGUGCAAAAGACUCACUUUA